AUGGUCGCAACGAAGGACACUGUUUUUCCUUCGGAUGAGGAAUUAACCGUACAGGAGAUAAAUGUUAGCUGGCCCGGUUUGCAAGCUGCUUCUGUCUAUAUUGGAAAGAAAUGCGAAUGGCAUAAUAAUGAAUUUAUGUUAUGUAAAAAAGAAUUGCACGACCCCCGACAAUGCAUCAACGAAGGGAAAAAUGUAACUUCUUGCGCGAUGGAAGUGUUUCGGGGUAUCAAGAAACAUUGUAAAAACGAAUUUAAUAAUUAUUCGCAUUGUCUUGAGAGAUCUUCUAGUAGUAUGGAGCUUGAUAGAUGCAGAAAUACGCAAAAGGUAUUUGAUAAUUGUGCUCUAAAGAACUUAAACAUAGAACGACCAUCUUUCGGAUAUUUUUGCGAAGCUAAAGUACACGAUUCACCGAGACCAGAACCAGUACCGGAGCAAACGGUAUAUCCAGAUGCUACGCCUAAGAUGAUACGUCGUCCAUAUCGUCCACCAAAUUAUGGUUACAGAACCUAUUGGUCGAACUAAUUUGUUAGUAUCGUUGUAAAUCUGUUUUUAUAGUUAAUAUAUCUAUGGGAAACAAAUAUAAUUCAUCCAUUAGGAACUGUACAAGGUAAAGAAUAAAUACAGUUAUAUAUCA